GCUAUCGACAUAUCGGCGUCUCUGUUGUUUUGUUGCAAUUUGCAAAUUAUCAACUAUUUGUUUUGUUGAGUAAACCCAAAAUGGGCGAGGAAACGAGUAAUGCUACGCAGAAUAAAACCAGAACCAAAACCACGCGACCCAAGGCGGUGUAUCAAUGGACCGUAAGCGAUGUGCUAAAGUGGUACAGACGCCACUGCGGGGAGUACACCCAAUACGAGCAGCUCUUUGCCCAGCACGAUAUAACCGGAAGGGCUCUACUCCGAAUCACAGACUCCUCGUUGCAAAGAAUGGGCAUUACGGACAACAGGGAUCGAGAGGCCGUUUGGCGGGAGAUCGUGAAACAACGUCUGAAGACAGACAUCAUGGAAAUCCGGGAUAUGGAGAGGCUCAACAUACACUAGGGGUAGAGAUACGCCUCGCACAUAUUUUGUUGUAAAAGUAGAAUAAUUUAAAAAGGAAAUAUAGUUAGGAUCAGAGAUACUAUUUAGACAGAUCUAAUACGGAAACUUUUUGUUUAAGAUCUCCUAGGACAUAUCAUUAUUUACUUUAAAUUCUGUAUAAUGACAAUGAAAUUUCUAUUCUAUUUUGAAAGUUUUGCUUUAAUUUAUCAAUUAAAUAUUAGUUUUAGCCAAGAAUGCUUAAAAUAAGACUAAAAAAUAA